AUGUUUUGGAUAUUUUUUGUUUUACUGGUAUUUUCCACUGGUGGUUGUAUUCUUAUCAGUAAAAUAGAUAAUAAUAUACUCAUGGGUAAUAUAUCUGAAUCAUUAUGGAAUAUAACACAAAAUCAAUGUAUAUGUGAAAUGAUACAAUCAAACGGAAUCAUAUCGACAUUAAACUAUUUUUCAACAAAUGAAACUUGUCAAUUAUUUUACACAAAUUUUACUUCGAUCUUAAUUGAAUUUGAUCUCAAUUCUACUUUGAUAUUUAUGAAUCAAUCAGCAAUAUUCAUAGCACUCACAUCAUCAUCGAUCACUUUAACUACUACACUUUCACCUAGCAAUACUACAAUGAUAACAACAGAACCUAUCAUAGAUACAACAGAACCUUCUUAUGAAUGCGGUAACAUGACAGUUCUUAUCGGAACCGAUUUAGUUUCUGGAUAUCUGGACUUUCGUCAAGUUCAAAGUUUUUCUGAAUGUUGUACAUGGUGUCAAUCUAAUAGUAGUUGUGUUUCGUUUACAUGGGAUAUGCCUACAGGCGUAGGAUCUAUUGCAUGGUGUUAUAUAAGAGACCAUAUUCCAUCUCCUUCUGUUAAUCCAGUUGUCAUUAGUGCACGUUACUAA